UGCCGGACUGCUAACAAAUGUUAGCUGCUGAAAUGGAGCCCGAGUUGGGCGAGAGCUCGCUGCUGGAUCAACUGCACGAUCUGCAUCGGCGGUUGGCGGCUGUGCGCCAAGACUCGCAGCGUUACACUUCGCUGGCGCGCAAUCUCGGUCCUAUCCCCAUGGCCAACGACUCUAACAAGAUCAUCGUGUGCUCACUUCGUCGCUGUGUGCGGAUGCUCAAAACGGAGCGUGGUGACAGUUGGCAGUACAUUCCAUCGGCCACAGGACUUAAGAGCGCCAUCGAUUACCUAGGAAAAGGCAAUACAGUGCGUUGGGUCUCGUGGCCUGGAGCGAAUGUGGACGAAUCGAGUCAAGACGGAGUCCGACGUCGUCUGGAGACGGACUUUGCGUGUCACCCAGUCUUUCUAAGCCACGAAACAGUCGAUCUGUACCAGAAUCAGUUCUGCAAUGUUGUGCUAUGGCCACUCUUCCACUCACUGCCGCAGCGUUCGGACAGUCGCUUGCUCGAGAACUUUGGAGAGAAAUAUGACGCCUACUGCUCAGCUAAUCAGAAGUUUCUCGAAGCUGUAUCGGAGAUCUACAAGGACGGAGAUCUCGUUUUAGUCUGUGACUACCAGCUCAUGGCGUUACCUGGUCUAUUACGUCGACGCUUCCCCGAAAUCACGUGUGGCUUUUACUUCCAUUGUCCCUUCCCGUCUUCCGAGUUCUUCCAGAUGCUGCCAGUGCGGGAGGCGCUUCUCCAUGGAGUUUUAGGCGCAGACCUGGUCGUAUUCAAUCACUUCGACUAUGUACGACACUUUCUUAAUGUCUGUACGCGAAUGCUUGGACUCGAGUCCUCACCCAGUCGCGUUGAGUACAAUGGCCGCCUCAUCUCAUUGGGAAUUUGUCCUAUGGGGAUUGAUCCAGCUAAAUACGCACUUACACCCAAAGUGGAGGCUAAUGUGGAGAUGCUGAAGAGACAACAAGACGGGAUGAAGAUCAUUGUGGGGGUACACAAGCUGGACUUCUGUAAGGGAAUCCCGGAGAUGCUCGAGGCGAUGGAGUAUCUGCUUCAACAUUAUCCAGAAUAUCGGGGAAAAGUGGUGCUAUAUGCAGUUGUGAGAGAUGCAGGACGUACAUCUUCUCUACAGUAUAGGAUGCUCAGUCGACAGAUCAAUGAGCUCGUGGGUCGAGUGAAUGGGAAAUUUGGAACAGCGGAGUACUGUCCCGUACGGUACCUGAAGCAGUCUAUCGAUCACGAUCAGCUCGUUGCGCUAUAUAACUGUGCGGACGUGGCUAUCGUUAGCAGCAUCAAGGAAGGAAUUAAUCUGCAGGCCAUGGAGUUUAUUGCUGCUCAGAAGAAGAGCUGUCAUGGGGUGCUGGUCUACAGCGAAUUUGCAGGGUGUGCGUCAUCUUUCCAGGGCGCGUUACUGGUAAAUCCGAUGCACAUUGAACAAGUGGCAGCAAGUGUGGACACAGCGCUUCGUAUGAACAAUACUACGAAGCGGAUUCGACACCACCAAUUGUCGCGAUAUGUGAACACGUACACGUCGACGCUGUGGGCUCAACGAAUCAUGUCAGCCCUGAACGAGGCUGCCGCUACUGCGCAAGAGUACAACCGUCUGGAUAAACUGGAUACGGCACAACUGCUCGGGUACUACGAGCGAAGCCAGCGACGUUUAUUCUUGCUCGACUAUGAUGGAACACUUGUGAACUAUCAGAGCAUGGAGGAACUGGCCGAGCCUUCUGCAGCCUUGAUGUCGUGUCUGGAAGAUUUGACUGCCGACCCUCAUAACACUGUAUACAUCAUCAGUGGAAGGAACAAGAACCGCUUACAGGUACUGCUUCCUCUUGCGUUGAUGCUAUACAGUUUUGUGGCUCACUUAACGAGUUGUUUGCUUAAUAGGAAUGGUUUGGUCACUUACCGCGAGUCGGACUGGCUGCAGAGCAUGGCUAUUGGUUCCGUCCUGCCUCCAAACACCCGUUUAAGCCCAAUACUGAUAGUGGUGGGGAUAUCCUGACAGGUAGAACCAGUGAAGACUCACCACACACGGCUGAAUCGACCUUAUCCACUGAAGAAAACCCGCUGGCCAGUUCCUCUUCUUCCGUCAUUGGUAGUGAGAGUGCGAUCCGGGAAAGAGCUCCAUGGCAAUGUAUGUUCAGUGACGUUGAGUUGGAGUGGAGGGAUGAAGUGGAGAGUAUCUUGGAACACUUCACAGAGCGCACUCCUGGUUCCCUACUGGACGUGAAGGAUUGCUGCUACACGUGGCACUUUCGAGACGCCGACCCCACCUUUGGACUGAAGCAGGCGAAGGACAUGCAGCUCCAUUUCGACCAGAUGCUGCGAGAUCUGCCAGUCGGUGUGGUCAUGUGUCGGAUCAAGAAGUACGUCAUGAUUCGACCGUGGCGUGUGAACAAAGGCCGCGCUGUGAGUCGCAUUCUCGAGUACGAGAGUGAGACACCGUACUUUACAGCGCUGGACUUUGAUUUCAUUCUGGCGCUGGGCGAUGAACGCACAGACGAAGAUAUGUUCGAUGUUGUCCAAGGAAGCAACUGUUACACGUGCACAGUGGGGAUGAAAGUCAGUCGCGCGCAGUAUUAUCUAGAGGACCCGGACGAAGUUCUUCGCGUCUUGACUGCCUGCACGAGCUUGAUGGCGGCUGAACGGCAGCCUCUUUCAGGCUAAACUCCUUAUCUAUUGGAGGUAUCUACUUGAGCUUAUCAUAUCCGAAUCAGCACGCAGUGAAUAUUCACGACAAGUUAAUUCCUACUCUUCUUCCGACGAUUCCUCGCUCACGGCACGUGUCGCUUUCUGCUUACGAGUCUUUCGCUUGGCUCGUUCUCUCUUCUUGGACGUCACUCGCGUAGCCUUCGCAGCUUUAGCGGAGAGUUUACGCUUGGCUUUGCCCUUGGGCGACGAACCUCUGUCCGUUGAUUCUCCGUUCAUCGUUUCAUCUUCUUCCUUUCCUUCUUUUGUUCCAACCACAAAUUGGUCCAGUUUGUCGAUCGCUUCCUUCAUCUCCGCUGUGGCUGUGAGUGCACUGUUGCCUCGUCUUGCUUUUGCAAUCAACGACGUGAAGUUGUCAGCCACUGCACUAUCAUGAAGCGCAUCGCUGUAAAGUUUGCGGUUUUGGUACAGAUACUUGAGGGACUUUUCAGUGUGCGGCAGACGCGCCAAGCAAUAGGCCAGAUCACGCUGCUGCUGCGCCUUUGCUGCCGUCGGGAACCGCUGCGAUAGCUUCUCUACAAUACUCUCAAUCUGCUUUUCCUUCGUGAUGAACUGGAUCAGGAAGCGUGAAAUCGUCUGGAAGUCUGAGUUCGAGACCAGUUCACUACAAUAAAUUCAUCAGAUGUAAGUAAAGUCACAAGGUAGUCAAGCAGACAAUGGCACAAUUGGUCGUACCUUGUAGACAACUGGCCAAUUGCGUCUGGGAGCAUGUUGUAAAUGGGGUUGUUGCCUUUCUUAGACAGUUCGAAGAAGAAAAGCUUGGCCAGACUUCGAAUGCCGUCGUUUUCGUCCACCAAUGAGAUGGCAAUCUCGCUGAUCUGACCUUUUACCUUGAUCAUGUCGUUCAGAAUG